AUGAAGUGUGAGAGCCAAGUCCCGGAGCUUGAGUUGAAGCUGAAGCUAUCGCCACCAACUGAUCACAGGACGAAGAAUGUGGAGGUAUCGCCAAGAAGCUCGUGCGUGUCACGUGAGGAAAGCCCAGAAGGAGGGCCCGGCCCGGAUGGGAGGAGCUGUAGUAGUACGAUGAUGCUGGUGGGUUGUCCGAGGUGUCUAAUGUAUGUGAUGCUGUUUGAGGAUGAACCCAAAUGCCCUAAAUGCAAGAGCACUGUUCUUCUUGAUUUUAUGCUGCAUGAUAGAUUCAACAAAUGA